AUGGAAGACGUCCAAAAAACGCUCUGGUACAAGCUCUGGAUCAAGCCCAACGGCGACCUCUCGCCGGAGGAUGCCGGUGUGACGAGUCAGAUUAGCUUCUUCACUGCGAACUAUGACGUCUGGAAGGAUCACUAUGCUGAGGCCAAGGACGUCUUCAGGAAAGCGUGCCAGGGUGAGAUCGGACUUUGGAAGUGGGCGACCGACAGCAAGCAGUGA